AGCUGGAUUACGACGGUCAGCAUGAAAAGCCUUUGGAACACGACGAUAGCCAGAAAGUUCCCACAUGGGACACAGGCUGGCAUCAAUCGGGACCAGAGCAGGUGAUCGUAGAAGUACUCGAGACAGCGACUGAUUCCACCACUUCGUUAGAAACAAGCACUGUAAAUAAUUUAAACGAUACCUUAGAAGGAUCCGGACCAAGCAUAGUGGUAAGACCAGAGGAAGCGCUCAUCGUAAUUUUUGUACUCAUCCUAUGGAUCGGGGCCAUCGGACUUUUCUUCCAUCGGUGGGGGAAGAUUCGGAUGCUAGAACCGUACCAGCCAAAAUUCAUCCAGCAACAUCGGGGCUCCUGUCCGCUAGUGGACCUCGAUCGACCCGUCACCGUUCCACAGAGAACAUCCUUAUCAAAAAUGUCCUUGGGGCUACAGUCAACCAUGACGUCUGUUUGCUCUGGUGGCUACCCCGGUUACAUUCGUCCCAGGCAGAAUUCCGUCUUCGUGGGGCCGCACGUGGUUUCACCUCCUCAGCCGCCGCGGAAAACUCGCUCGGCCAUGGACAUUCACUCGAUGAUUUUGAGCGAGGGAGAAAUGGAAGCUGUCUAGGAAUUCGUCCCCUUCGACUGUUGCCCGCCCUCCCGUUUUGCCCUAGUUCGCGUCAUGUCGUGUCACUUAGCAGCCUUCAAACGAGAGAGAGAAAAUCGGGAACUCUGGAAAACUAAAACGACUUACCUAAAACCGAAAUCUAAAAACUGAAUGAUAAACAAACAUACAAAUACAAACAUACACAAAAGCAAAGCAAACCAUGACUCAAUUUGCCGUGGCACCCAAUAGUUAAGCAAAUGAUGUCGUCGAACACUGGAACAGUUUGCAAAUCCUUUCAAAGCCAAAACACGAGAAAGGACGGUAUCGAAAUAUUUUUGUACGAUGUUAUUAUAUAUAUUUACAGAUAACUUUCCAUUUUAUAUCUGAUUCUUGAGCUGUUGUCGUUGGAAACUCAAAGAAAAACUCAAAGUAGCCUAAUCAGAAUAGUUUGGGAGUAUGAAAUUGUAAGCCGUGUGUAACCGUAGCGCACCAUUUUGUUGGUGAUGUUGACCUUCAUUGACUUGAAUCGAUGUUAGCAAAGUAGUGAAAUAGCUAUUUUUCUUAUAUUCAAGAUGUUGUUUAUACUCGUAUCGUUUUAAGACCAACCUGAACGAUUAACAGGGAUGAGGACGCAAAAAUAACAUCAUAACAAAAAAACACAGUGAAAUGAGUUUAUUAUUAAAAGUGAUUAGUACUCAAGAUACAAAAAAAAAAAUAGAAACGUUAUUCUUGAUGAAAAAAAAAACAACCAGCAUAGUCUGAUUUUAUUCAAAUAUAUUUUCAAUCUUUAAACUCUCUUUAAAUUUAUACUCGAAGGUUUACUUUUUGUUUAGAAUGUCGCUUUCUAUUUACAGUGAUCUCCAUACUCAAUGUUAAAGUUUUUUUUCCUUUUUCAUUGAAUCAUACGUGUUGGUUUAUUCUUUGUAAUAGAAUUCAUAAUAAGAGCAGGCACAUUUUCACUGUGGGUUGAAUGUUAUGUUAUUAUUCUAGACAGUGUAAAGUAUAGAUCGAACGGGUUUUACUUCUCCUAAAAAAAAAGAAAUGCAUACAGCAAGAACAAAAUAAAACGUAAAUAUAUCGUAAACAGGUAUUCUAAAAAUAGCCUAUCACCAAACCAUAAAAAUAUAGCAUUUUUUACAAAGAACCUUCCUGAAUUUGGGUUCGAUUUAUCCAGUGAAGUAAACAAAAAAAAACAUUUUUAUGUUAUUGGUAAAACUUUCGAAAUAUCAACGGCUAAUAAUCAUCAGUUUUCGGCACAGUCCGAGUCUCACUGUUGAGUGCAUUUAACAUACCUAGCGAUUAAUGAACGAUUAUGACAUUGAAAAAAAAUUUUAUGAGAAAAAUAACAUUGAUAUGAACUAGCAACAGGUAAACAAUUCCAAAGAGCGCCUAAUCGCCCGAAGUUUUACGUCAAUUCGCAUGUCUAUCAUAUUCUAUAGUAAACCUUGAACUGCUUAUUCUCUCAAUACUAUACCCUAUAGCACUUUGAACGCGUUUAAAAAUAAAGAGUUUAUCAUAGCAGUCCAUGAUAUGAGCGAUACCGGUGCUCAAAACUUAUCAGUAGGCCGCGAAAGAUCGAACAGAAAUCUAUUAAUCAUUUCAAUAUCUAAACUUUAUCCCUAGUAAGCUUUCAAAUGCGUUGAAGUUUGGACUAUUUGAGACAAGACUAUCAUACUCAAAGUUGAUUUGACAGUUACACAUAUAAAGAUCAUCAUUCUGCAACAACAAAAAUAACGGUGGCAAGUGAGUAUGUUUUUGUCAAUUUCCUUUUGUUGAGUAAAAAUCGCGUGAUAUUGGAAAUCGGUGUCUAAUUAUUAUGAAAAAAUACAGUUUACAGAAACAUUGAUAGCAUAAACUUUCAUUCUUAAAACGUUAAUCCGGAGAGCUUAAAACUCAAAGUCUAGGAAACCAAUUAGUUCGAAGUCAUUCCUGAAAAUUAAAAAGUGCAUACAUACAUUGCGAUGUUUUCCAUUUUCAAAGCUAAAUUUAUCUUUACCUAAGCCACGCGAGGCAUUUUUAGUUCAAAUUCCGGCUUACUCCACCUUCGUGUACAUCAAAUCUAUAACCUUAUAAACUCCAAACUAUGUUGUUGACUAAGACUAGGCCAUUGAUUAUGAAAGGUAACAUAUAUGAAAUGUUUAAAUUUCAAUGAUUCACAAUCGUGCUUGUGUUCUGC